UAUAUUAGAUUGAAAAUUUCAACUUCAUGCGGUGCUGAUUACUAUUUGAAAAGAGGGAAAUGCACCCCAUGUCUGGAUGGAUAUUACGGACCUAAAUGCAUUCAAAUGUGCCCAUAUCCUAAGUUUGGUCGACGUUGUUUGGACGGGUCAUGUCAAUGUCCAAAAGAAAACUGUGACGUAAGAACCGGAUGUAGACGAAGUAAUACUAUUCUUACGUCCACAAGAUCAACUGUUGACCGUACUGAAGAACAAUCGUUUAUGUCUACAAAAAGUAAUCUUCAUGAGGAGACAAACCAAAACAUGAUUGAGAUGAAUGGAAGAGGAAAAACAAAUCGUAGACUAUUUGCAGAUAAUUUCUUGUCAACAGUUUUAAUUACUUUUGUUGGCACGGCCAUCUCUAGUUUCUUGUUGUUUUCAAUUGGAUCUCAGAUCAAGUCAAGACUACUGAUCAAGAGGAGGCAGAACUCUCAACACACACCUGAGUUACAUGUAUGCACACAUAGGAUAUAGGAAUAUCCAAAACCUCAGCACUUGCGAAAAAGCAUAACAAAGUGAUUGAUAUCUUACAUAUAUCAAAGAAAAAGUCAUGAGUGCAAUCUAUUUAAAACUACAUGUGCAUGUAUAUCAUUUAUAUUUUAAAUGUCAUGUUUGAUAAAAAAAAACAACAAACCUUCCUGUUUGUCUAAAGCAAGCCAAAACUAAUUGAAUAUGGAUAAUUGUAUAUUAAUAUUGUAUAUUAUAAAUUAAUUAUAUAUAAGUACCUGUACUCAUCAAAUAAGUAUUGAACGUAUGGUGUAAGCAGUGUUUGCAAUUCACGAUCAUACAUUGAUCUUUGAUAUUAAGUGUUGUGCGCUGUCAUGAUUGGGUACAUGCUAAAUAUAUGAUUUCUAAAAUAGUAACCAAACUUUAGGUAAUAAUUAUUCAUAUAAUCAAACAUCAAAGAUUCAAAGAUGAUAAA